UCAACACAAAAUUUUUGUGACAUAACUAAUGAACUUGAAUUCCUAACACUUAUUUUUUUCUUUUUCUUAAAAAAUUUAUUUAUAAGCCCUUUUAAACAAAGUUUAACAACAUGCAGAAGUUUUAUAAAAUUGAAAUAAACAAAACAGAAUGGAAAGUACCCGAACGUUACCAAUUACUCCAACCCAUCGGAAGUGGAGCUUAUGGAUUAGUUUGUUCUGCGGUAGAUACAAUCACAAACACAAAGGUUGCUAUCAAGAAACUUAACCGUCCCUUUCAAACCGCAACACACGCCAAACGAACAUUUCGCGAGUUGCGUUUGUUAAAACAUAUGAACCAUGAAAACAUCAUUGGAUUGUUGGAUACUUUUUAUCACGGCGAUACUUUAGAGACGUUUGAACAAAUCUACCUCGUCACUCACUUAAUGGGCGCUGAUCUUAACAAUAUUAUUCGUACUCAACGGUUGACCGAUGAUCAUGUCCAAUUCCUUGUUUAUCAGAUGUUGAGAGGCUUGAAGUACAUUCAUUCAGCUGGUGUUAUUCACAGGGAUCUUAAGCCAUCAAAUUUGGCAGUGAACGAAGAUUGUGAACUUCGCAUACUUGACUUUGGACUUGCACGUCCUGCUGAAAGUGAAAUGACCGGUUAUGUUGCAACAAGGUGGUAUCGAGCGCCUGAAAUUAUGCUCAAUUGGAUGCAUUACAAUAUGACUGUAGAUGUCUGGUCGGUUGGUUGUAUCAUGGCAGAGUUGUUGACAGGUCGUACACUGUUCCCAGGGUCUGAUCACAUUCAUCAGUUAAAUUUGAUAAUGGAAAUUUUGGGUACGCCUGGAGAUGAAUUCAUGCAGAAAAUUUCAUCAGAAAGCGCGAGAAACUACAUAAAGUCAUUGAAGGUGAUGAAGAAGCGCGACUUUAAAGAUGUUUUUAGAGGCGCAAAUCCAAUGGCUAUUGACUUACUCGAGAAGAUGCUUGAGUUAGAUGCUGAUAAGAGGAUUACAGCAGAGCAAGCACUCGCACAUGGAUACUUAGAGAAGUAUAGCGACCCGACAGAUGAACCAACUUCGGCUAUGUACGAUCAGUCAUUUGAAGACAUGGAUUUACCAACUGAAAAGUGGAAAGAACUUGUUUUCCAAGAAGUUGUCACUUUCAAGCCACAUCCAAUACCAACACCCACAGCUGACACACAAUAAGGAACAAAUAAUUCUUUCAUCAAUAAAUAUUUUUAACAUUUCAACGAAAUGAUUUUCGUUAUAGUGAAGAAAAAAAACACCAAACAGCGUGUGCCAGUUGAUUAUUACUUAAUAAAACUAACAGUUUUAAAGUACCUUAAAGUGAAUGAAGAAAGAUUGAAAUUGUACAAUAUUUCAUUGAGAUGAAAAUUAAAAAAAAAGUACCAUAAUAAAAUUAAAACUUAGAGUUCAUAAAGAAACUUUGUGAAAGGUGUAAACAACGAUGUUGAUGAAUAAAUCAUUGAGGUGAAAGCUUUUGAUAAGACGAGAACUUGAUUUCAUUUGAAUACUUAUUGAUUUUGUUUUUUUUUUCUGUAAUGCUUUGAGAAAUUGGAA